AUGUCAUCUACUCAACGUUGUUGUGCUGCUUGCCAUAUGCUUAGACAUAGCAGAAGUACUCAUAAACAAUGUCUCAUUAACCCAAAGAACAUUUCUCUCCACAUUCCUCAAAAGAGAGCUAAUGUAGAUGAAUAUCCUGCAGAAAGUAGCCGAACUGCUGCCUUAAGAAUAAGAAGUGAGCCUGUUCAAGACCAAAAUUUGGACAUAGAAACAUCGACUUCUAUUUCAGUUUCUGAGUUGACUGAAUUUCCACUCGCAAAUGAGACUAUUACUGAAGUUCUUGAAGCAGUCAUGGAAGAAGAGAUUGAGGAGACUUCAUCCGAUGAAGAAAUGACUGGAAGAGAAGAAGAAGUCAAGGAGAUUUCAACUGUGAAUAGAGGAUCAAUUUUACCCCAUUGUCCUCACUGUAAUGGAACUGAUCAUUGCCAAAUUACAAGCAGAUUUUGUUCAAACAAUAACAGUAGCAGAGCAAGAGGAUCUAGAAAUCGAGGCAGAGACUUGAAUAAUAUUGCCCGACUUCCAGCUAUUUCAGAACCAGCAGUUGAUAACAGUGGAGAUAUGGAUAUCGAGUGUCAAUUUUGUGGGGCAAUGAUUCGUUCUUCUUUAAGAAGCCGCACGUUCUCUAUGUGUUGUAACAAAGAAAAGCAUGUUCUCCCCCAAAUUGAGCCAACACCUACAGGAAUUGCUGAGCUUUUGAACUAUAGAACACGUGAUGGAAAGAAGUUUCUUGAAAACAUUCGAAGCUAUAAUAGUACAAUGAGCUUUACUUCUUUGGGAGCUAAAAUUGAUACCUCUGUUGGCAACAAUAUCAAUGGGGCAUACAACUUCUGGAUUCACGGAACAAUUUGUCAUAGAAUUGGAUCUAUUUUGCCAGUGACAGAAUCUGAUGUCGCUUACCUAAAAUUCGCUCAGAUCUAUAUUUAUGAUAGUGCUGCUCAGAUAGAUCAAAGACAGUACCAUUCCCCACAAUUGGAGAGAAGUGUUUUGGAGAAGAUUCAGUCCAUUCUUAUGGAAACAAAUCCAUUCGUACAUCUCUUCAGAACAAUGGAUCAAAUUUCUUGGGAAAAGGGACAAUCUAUAGAUCUCACUUUGUGUUUAGUAGCUGAGGGGCCUCGAGAUCAAAGACGGUACAAUGCUCCAACUGCAAGUGAAAUAGCAGUUCUUAUUAUGAAUAAUGAAGAGAGUACUUCAAGAGACAUUGUGCUGCACACCAGAGCCAACUUCCAACAGAGCAUCAAUGAUGAAGAUGGUUGGACCAUUGAUGCCAGCUCAUUGUCAGAAGAGCAUGUCACACACCUCCUCCAUCUUUUUGGCCGUCUCUUUCAACAAUAUAUUGUUGAUAUGUAUGCCAAAGUUGAGCAUGAUCGGCUGCACUUCAUCACCAGCAAUCAAAAUCGUCUCCGUGUAGAUCUUUAUAGUGGAAUUCAGGAUGCUGUUAUCCAUAACGAUUGUAAUCUUGCAAAUCUUGGAAAGAGAGUUAUUCUUCCAUCUUCUUUUAUUGGUAGCCCCCGGUAUAUGGCUCAACUUUAUCAAGAUUCAAUGAGUAUUGUGCGUCGUUUUGGCAAGUCUGAUUUGUUCAUAACUUUCACUUGCAAUUCAAAGUGGCCAGAAAUCACAAAUUCUCUGUUGGCUGGGCAAAAAGCUAAUGACAGACCAGAUCUUUGUUCUCGGGCUUUCAAUAUGAAGCUCAAAGAGCUCAUGAUUGACCUUACAAAAAAAAUAUUCUGGGGAAAGUUUUGGCCUUUAUAUAUGUCAUUGAAUUUCAAAAGCGCGGACUUCCUCAUGCCCACAUUCAUUUGA